UGUAAUGAGAAGAACUGGAUUUGUAUGACCAUUUUCGGAUAACAUAGCUUGUCCCUUAGAUUGUCAUUGGACUGAAAAAAUCGCUGGGGUUAUCAGUUUACCCUCUGUUCAAUAUGAAUUGCGAUCCCAGAGAUUGAUCUGGUUCUUUCUAUUCGAUUCUCGACCUGACUUAACUGAGACUCCGUGUGAGUGGAUUCAAGAUUGGAUGGGUGUACUUGUUUCGCUUUAGCACUCUUUUUAACUGAGGAUCAUACCUUGUUUAGUCCUUCUUCUUUCUUUAAUGAAGAAAUCUAGUAUUUGACAUGUUUGAAACUUGAGGGACCUUUCGCAGUCAGAGACUCUGGUCUUCGUUUUGUGGUUUAAAGCCGCGGACAGCUUUUGAAGCUAAAGCUAUCGCUGAGACUGUUUUCGCUCUUGAAGAGACCGAGCUGAUCGGGACAUUAUCCAGUGGAAAAAGACUUAGUCGAGGUGAGUUGAAUUGACUAUUUGGUUAAGUCAGGGCAUCUUACGGCACUCCCGUUACUGUUGUCUCCUUCGAGCAGCCUAGAGUAUGAGAGUGCCGCCAGGAGAUUAUCUUCUUUGGAGUCUAUAUUUGGUUUUCACUAUGUUCUAAUGGGGAACCUUGCUCAUGGAAGCGAAUUAUGUAUCGACCGUGAAGUUCUGGUAGUUAGUGUUUUUUGAAUCCAUCGAGUUCUGAGUGCUAACUCUCAUCAAUCGGCCAAAAAACUGAAAAUGGUAAUGGCUUCAUCGGUGAAAAUAGUUCUGGGAUCUAUCGCCUUUGCAGUCUUCUGGGUAUUGGCGGUUUUCCCAGCUGUUCCGGUUUUGCCGAUCGGGCGGACUGCUGGCUCCCUUCUAGGGGCAAUGCUUAUGGUCAUUUUUAGGGUCAUAACGCCCGAUGAAGCUUAUGCAGCGAUCGAUCUUCCAAUCCUUGGUCUCCUAUUUGGGACGAUGGUCGUUAGUGUGUAUCUUGAAAAGGCGGACAUGUUUAAGUACUUGGGCAAGUUGCUCUCAUGGAAAAGCAGGGGAGCCCGGGACUUGCUUUGCCGUGUCUGCAUAAUAUCCGCCAUAUCCAGCGCCCUAUUCACCAACGACACCUCCUGUGUCGUCUUGACCGAGUUUGUCUUGAAAAUAGCCAGGCAACAUAAUCUUCCUCCUCAUCCGUUUCUACUUGCUCUUGCCUCGAGUGCAAAUAUUGGGUCAUCAGCUACUCCAAUUGGCAAUCCUCAAAACCUGGUUAUAGCAGUUCAGAGCAAGAUUUCGUUCGGAAGUUUUCUUUUCGGCCUUCUUCCUGCGAUGCUGGUGGGGGUUGUUGUUAAUGCUUUGAUUCUACUAUGCAUGUAUUGGAGCCUAUUAUCCGUUCAAAAGGACGAAGAAGAUGCUACUACUGAAGUGGUUGCCGAGCAGGACGUGAAUUCUCAUCGCUUUUCACCCGCAACAAUGUCGCAUCUUUCGUCCUUAAAUUCUCAGGAAUGGAACUCUAGGUUGGAGUCCAUGAAUAUGCAAGGCUCUCCCAUUGUGAAUGUUCACACCCCGGGUCAAAUUGAGACACUCAGAAGCCGCUUGGCUCCAAAUGAAAGUGAAAUCCAGAGGGCCCUGAGUAGCACGCUUGACUCAGGAAGAAAUUCAAAUGCGUCAAAGGAGGCAACUGCCGACUCUUCUUCUCAGAAAAGAAAUGAGCAUGCUUCUUCCGAGAGGGUGCUUUCAAUGGACAGGUUAAGUGAUGUACUCUCGAUGAAGUACUCACAAGGGAAGGAAACCUUGGCCACUAGAUGGAAAAGAAUGUUAUGGAAAUCAUGCGUUUACCUGAUCACCGUAGGAAUGUUGGCUGCAUUGUUAAUCGGUCUGAACAUGUCUUGGACUGCCAUUACAGCAGCGCUAGCUCUUGUCGUCCUCGAUUUUAGGGACGCACGACCAUGCUUAGAGAAGGUUUCUUACUCUCUUUUGAUCUUCUUUUGUGGAAUGUUCAUUACGGUCGAUGGAUUCAAUAAAACUGGAAUUCCAAGCAGUCUCUGGGACCUCAUGGAACCCUAUUCCAAGAUUGAUCGUGCUAGUGGGACAGCAGUUCUGGCUGCUGUCAUACUGGUUCUCUCGAACUUGGCUUCAAAUGUGCCAACAGUUCUCUUGCUUGGUGGACAGGUCGCAGCAUCCGCCGCUGCAAUCUCAGCAGCCGAAGAAAAGAAGUCGUGGCUCAUCCUGGCAUGGGUCAGCACAGUGGCUGGGAAUCUCUCAUUGUUGGGAUCGGCCGCCAACUUGAUCGUGUGCGAACAAGCGCACCGUUCCCCGCACCUUGGGUACACUCUGUCCUUCUGGAGCCACCUUAAGUUUGGGAUUCCUUCCACCGUUGUAGUGACUGCCAUUGGGUUGAUUCUCAUAAGAUGAUAUGAUUACCAAUGCAUCAUGUAAAGUUUACUUCUUGCAGGCAAACGUUGUUUGGACCAUUUGUGUCAUUGAAGAGGUGAGACUGUAAACAUUUUCUUGCCCUGCCCUGGCCUUCUUAUUGACCCAUAAUGUUGCAAACUUCUGUUCUUCCCUUUGAGGAAAAAUAUGGAAAAUUUUCCCAUCACUAAA